GCUACAAAGGAUUGGGCAAAAAAUAAAAUGGAUCAGAGAUGUGUAUGCAGAGGCUGAGGACAUCCAGAUGUUCAUCACAAACCACCACAUGUCUCAAGGGAUUUUUAGAACCUAUUCAAAUUUGGAGCUAUUGAAGGUAAGUGAAAUAGUAAUUUAAUUUUACAUUUUCUGAUUUUUUUGAAUUUUCAAUGUUAAUAAUAUCAUUGUGUAAGCUAUAUUGUGUAUUCUUCUUUAAAGUUUGGCUUUAUUUUUUAAUCAUUUGGCAUUAAUUUGUGUUAUAGGUUGCUGAGACCCGUUUUGCAUCAAACACAAUCGUCUUAAGACGACUUGUGAAAGUUAGAGUGGCACUAUGCAAUAUGGUGAUCAGCACCAAUUGGACUGUAUGGAAGCAAAGUAGCACUGAGAGGGCAGAAAAAAUUAGGGAUAGAAUAUUGAAUGAGAAAUGGUGGGAUCUUGUUACAUAUCUCCUAAGUAUCACUGAGCCCAUCAUGAGCAUGAUUCGCUAUACAGACAUGGAUAGGCCUUGCAUAGGUGAGAUUUAUGAUGGCAUUGAUUCAAUGCUUGAAAAAAUAAAGGUUACUAUAAAUGAAAAAGAGAAUGAUCCUCAGGAGAAAUUCUUCAAAGAACUGGAAGUAAUUAUUGUAGAGAGGUGGAAUAAGAUGACCACUCCUUUGCACCUUCUUGCCUAUGCCUUGACACCUAAGUACUAUAGCAAUCAAUUUCUUGAUAAACCAGGAAGGAUUCCACCAUGGAGAGAUCUAGAAGUAUCUGAUGGGUAUAAGGCAGCAUUUCUUAGACUAUAUCCCGAUGAUGAUUUGCGAGAUGUUGUUACAAAUGAGUUCAUAGAAUUCGCAAAUGGGAAUGGUCUAAGUGUUGAUGCACUUCGUCAUAGAUCCAAGAAAGAUGCUCAUAGCUGGUGGUACUUCCAUGGCACAUGCUUCCAACACCUACAACCCCUCGCUAUAAAAGUUUUAUCACAAGUUGCUAGUUCAUCUGCUUCAGAAAGAAAUUGGAGCACAUACUCUUUCAUCCACUCAGUAAAGCGCAAUAGGCUGCUAUCAAAAAGAGUGGAGAAUUUAGUAUAUGUGCAUUCCAACCUACGUCUUCUUUCACACAAACAACAUGACUACACACAAGGGGAAACAAAGAUGUGGGAUAUAGAGCCAGAGCAUACUGAUUUGAAUGCUCCUGCUUCUCAGCUUCUUGCAUUGACACUUGAUGACUCGGAAAUUGAGCCAACUUAUAGUGCAAGUGCAAGUGGCAUUGGCUCAUGUAAUGUCAAUGUCAAUGAGGAGGAGGAGGAGGAGGAGGAGGAUGAAGAAUUAGAUGAUCCAUUUGAUGAUUAAACUUUAAGUUUAUAUUGUUGAAAGUUGAAACAAUGAUACUUGAAUAUUUUGUCAUUUUGAUAUUAAACUUGAUGUAUAUGAUGCUAUUAUCAAUUAUGGUAUGAUCAUGAUGCUAUGAUUACAAGUUUAUGUUUGUUUUGUUGUUCAUAUGAUGCUAUGUGACAUGCAUAUUUUAAUUCAUGCUU